GAGAUGGCGAUUACGGUGCGAGACGGGAGUCGCGAAACUACGCGAAGUAUUCCUCCUCCGAAUCGGGAGAGGGAUAGAGAGAGAAAGAGAGGGAGAGGGAGAGAGAGAGGAGGGGGAGGAUAAGGGAUAGAGAAGAGAUGAGGUCUUCGAUCAAUCGUCCCCCGACGCCGGACGCCAAUGAAGAACCCGAGAAGGAACCCACCCUUCAAGAAAUCAUCAACAUCAAGUUGAUCGAGAGUGGGGAGAAGGAGAAAUUGAUGGAGCUUUUGAGAGAGAGGCUCAUAGAGUGCGGCUGGAGGGACGAAAUGAAAGCUAUUUGCAGGGCUUAUGCUAGGAAGAAGGGAAGAAAUAAUGUCACAGUGGAUGAUCUUGUCCAUGUUGUCACUCCGAAAGGAAGAGCAUCGGUCCCAGAUUCCGUGAAAGCUGAGUUGUUGCAGCGCAUUCGGUCUUUUCUCACAUCAGCUGCAAUUUGAUACAUGUUAAACAGUGAAUACUGGUGGGAUCAAGGUACUGCACUGUUUUUCUGAAGUUAGUCAUUACGUAUUUAUGUAAAUUCUGAUCCUUAGACCAAGAGUCACAAUUAGGCAAGACCAAGUACUGCCGUCCAGUGGUUGCCAUAUUAGGAUUGCUUCCAAUUGUCGUCUUUGUAGUCUCUGACUCUUUGACCUGGGGCCUAUUUUAAAGUUUGAACGCUCAUGUAACACUUUUCAGAAAAUAUUGAAAGUAGGAGAGAAACACUUAUAGGUUGAUGUGCUUGGAUAGAAUUUACAAGUGAUAUGUAUGUGAUCGUGCAAUUAUAUGGAAAUAUCGUACAUGCUAUUAAAUUCAA